GUCCGAUUGUGCAAGAUCGACAGCUGCGGCGCGCCUCUCAAAACAGGAGUCCAGAGCAGGCUGAGGCAGGAUUGAUCCGUGCAGGGAAGAUGAGCACCAAUCUUGCAACAGCGUGUCUCUGCAAGAUCUCGGCCUCUCUUGAAGCCACAGCAUUGUGUGCUCUGAUCGAGCAGCUCACGCCGACAGCAGCCAUGGCCUUUGCGAGGUGCUCAGCUGCGGUGGGCCAGGUCAACCUGGCUCCCAAAGCUGCAUUCACUCUCCGUCAGAGCUCGCAGCUUGGUGCACCUUUGCUGAGCGUCAGCUCCUUUCAGGGGGUCUCUCUGACUGGCGUUUUGACACCUCACCUUCAGAGCCGAGUGUCAGGAAGAAGAUCCUUUUCGGUUUCUGCUUCUUCCUUGAACAGGAACACAGAGUAUGUAAUCGUGGGGGGUGGCAAUGCUGCGGGAUAUGCGGCCAAAGCCUUUGUGGACAACGAUCAGGCGGCUGGUAAACUUGCCAUCAUCAGCAGCGAAGAAGUGGCUCCAUAUGAGCGGCCCACCCUCUCAAAAGGCUACCUAUUCCCAAUCAAGGGAGACGCAAAACCGCCACGGUUGCCGGGCUUUCAUACGACUGUGGGGACUGGUGGCGAGAGGCAGACCCCCGAGUGGUAUGAGCAGAAGGGCAUUGAGUUGCUGCUAGGAACAACCAUCUCAGGUUUGGACCUAUCCAAGAAGGAGCUGACCACCUCCAAGGGUGACACGCUUUCUUACAAAAAGCUCAUUGUUGCCACUGGGAGCACCGCCUCUAGAUUGCCCGAAAAGAUUGGCGGGGCGCUUCCGGGCGUCAACUACAUAAGGAACGUCGCUGAUGCGGACGGGCUUGUGAAAGACUUUCAAAACGCGAAGAAAGUUGUAGUUAUCGGAGGGGGCUACAUCGGUAUGGAGGUGUCGGCAGCGGCUCUCGCAUGGGGUCUGGACGUAACGUUGAUCUUCCCGGAGCCCCACUUCAUGCCCCGGUUGUUUACCCCAGGCAUCGCUGCGCACUACCACAAGCUCUACGAGAGCCUCGGCGCCAACUUCGUGACGGGUGCCAGCGUUGAGCGUUUCGAGGCGGGGCCCGAUGGGAGGGUCGCAAAAGCGAUUGCAUCCAACAAGCAAGAGUACGACGCAGAUUUGAUAGUAGUGGGCGUCGGCGCUAAACCUGCGGUGCAGCUGUUUCUGGACGCGGGAUUGGACGAAGAAGCCAAGGGGAUCAAGGUGAAUGACCAGCUGCAGUCCAGCAAUCCAGACGUAUACGCUAUUGGAGACACGGCCGCGUUUCCAAUCAAAAUUCUGGGCUCAACGUCGCGCGUCGAGCAUGUUGAUCACGCCAGGAAGUCGGCGGCGCACGUUGUGAAGGCGAUCCUAGACGGCAGCGGCGAAGGGUACGACUACCUGCCCUACUUCUACUCCCGCGUGUUCGAGCAUCCCGGAACGGCACGGAAGGUCUGGUGGCAGUUUUACGGCGAGAACAAGGGGGAGGUCGUUGACGUGGGAGACUUUGACCCAAAGCUGGCGGCCUUUUGGGUCGACGAAGGCACACUGAAGGGCGUCUUUUUGGAGAGUGGGGCUCCCGAGGAGUUCAAGUUGCUGCCGGAGAUUGCGCGGAUGCGCCCGAAGAUCGACAUCGACGAGCUCAAGAAGGCCGACACCGUUGAAAAAGCCCUGGAGACUGUUAAGAAAGCGAUGUCCGUCUGAUCGAUCGGGUAGCAUUACGUGUUGAAUGCACGGAGGAAGUCAGACCGGGCUUAGUAUAGGAAUUCUUUCUGCGUUGGAUGUUGUAGGAUUUGGUGGUUCGCUCAUUAAUCAGAUUGGUGGAUUCGGAUCAAAGAAAGCAGUGCGCACCUCUCCCGAGGAUUAUAUUGAAAUAGAAAGCCAGCGAGCGCUGAACUCAAUAUGUGCAAUGUACAGUAAGACACAAUGAACUUAGAGGCACGCACGAGUUCAUUUCAUGUGAAGUAGGAUUUUUUGAGACCACGUACUUUCAAAGACCGCACUGGAACAAUUGAAUUUUGAGACCGAGUACUCUCAAAAAUAGCAUUGAAACUUGAUUGAAAGAAGACGGUACUCAGCGAAGUUAAUGAUGUCAAAAACGAUCUAUAGUUUGACGGCCCACAUGUUAGAUCGAUCCAGAGUCCAAUGUUAUGGAACAAUGGAUCGACGCAAGGGCGGGCCCAAUACGGUACUGACGCGCGCG